UUCCAGAAAUAUCUUCGUGCAUGAAACAACGAGCCAGACGGAGCAAGAGCCUCGAGCAGUUAUCCCCUCUCCUCCGCUCGUCGCCGCUCGUCGCAUCUUCCCUCGAAACCCUUUUCUCCGUAAUCCGACGGUCAUGUUGCAUUCAGGUUCAGUCCCUAGAACCAGCACAUGCCCCCCGCAGAGUCUUCGACGCCCUGGCCUUCGCCCGCAACGCGCGGUUCCGGCGAUGGUUCGUGUCUCUGCUGUGAUGUCGGAUGGUGACAAGAGAUUCAAAGUGGAGUUCACUCCUUGGUUGAUUGUUGGAUUGGGAAAUCCUGGGAAUAAGUACCAUGGCACGAGGCAUAAUGUUGGUUUUGAAAUGAUUGAGCGCAUAUCGCAAGCCGAGGGCAUAUCAUUGAACACAAUUCAGUCGAAAGCCUUGAUCGGAAUAGGUUGUAUUGGAGAGGUGCCACUAGUUUUGGCCAAGCCACAAGCAUACAUGAACUUCUGUGGUGAAUCUGUUGCACCGCUUGCAGUAUAUUACCGAAUUCCUCUUCGACAUAUAUUGUUGGUUUAUGAUGAGAUGAGCUUACCAAAUGGUGUUAUGAGGCUACAACCCAAAGGAGGACAUGGUCAGCACAGUGGGAUAAAGAAUGUGAUAGCUCAUUUGGAUGGUCACAGUGAAUUUCCUCGGCUCUCAAUUGGUAUUGGGAAUCCACCAGGAACUAUGGAUGUGAAAGCUUUUCUUUUGCAAAAGUUCAGCUCAGUGGAACGUGAACAGAUGGAUGAGGCAUUGGAUCAAGGAGUUCAGGCUGUGAGGGCAUUAGUGCUCAACGGAUUUAGCCAGCACAUAAGAAGAUUUAAUUUGGGGCAGAAGUAUAAGUAUCACAAAGUUUGAUGUUAGUAAUUGAAUUAUAUUGUAUUCCUCCCAUAUGUCUGGUCAACAAGAAAGAAACAAUUGCAGUGCCCUUAUUACAAUUAGUGCAGUCAGUUAAUGCGAAUUCUUUCACGUUAUUGUGCUAGUCAUGCAGCCGAGAAUCCCUUGCAAAA